GGCAGGUGGGACGCCACUGAGCUAAAUCUCCAGCCCUGUUGGGUCCAAUUUUGGAGGAUUUUCUGAAGCACAGAAGAAGUCUGUGAAAGUAUGAAGAGAUGACCUCUUAGCAGAGCCGUGGCCACCUAUCUCAGUUUUCCCAGGAGUUUGAGCAUGACUCCCCACCCAGAGAAGAUGCCUGAGCUGGGAAUGGAUGGAUCUGCAGCCGAUUUGUGAAUAAGCCAGGUGAAUCGACUUUGUCAGUGCUAGGAGAGAGAAGCAACUGCUUGAGACUAAACUGCAAAUGACAGUGGGCUGAAAAGUAUGUUUGAGACAACUUCAAAUCCCCAGACUAAGGCAGAAUAUCCUGAAAUUGCUAGAAAAGCACCGAAAUACUUGCUUCUAUUUCCAACCUAUCGUGUGAUGAAGCAGGGUUUUCUGCAGGGACAACAACCGAAAUGAGAUUCCACAGUGGACUGGACGGAAGCAACACACUUCGGGUAGUACCAUCUCCGCUCGCCCCCACGUAGGAUCUGCUCAUUGCAGGAAAACAAGUUUACAGCUCCCACUGAUUCCGCUUUUAUGAUUGAGGAAGGCAGUAAAGCUGCGGCUGUGGACAAGUUACUGGCCGGAGACGAGAUCGUGGGCAUCAAUGACAUUGGCCUCUCGGGGUUUAGACAGGAAGCGAUUUGCCUGGUGAAAGGGUCCCACAAGACCUUGAAGUUGGUGGUCAGAAGGAGGAGUGAUGUGAGCUGGAGACCUCACUCGUGGCACCCCACCAAGUUCUCUGAUGGCCAUGCUGAGCCUGCGGCCACUCAGCUCCCUGCUACCGGCGGCUGCUCUUCCUGGCACGGCAGACACCACGCCAGUUCUUCCUCACAAGACCUGUCCGGCUCGUGGGAGCAGACAAACCUGCAGCGCACUUCGGACCACUUCAGCUCCCUGGGCAGUGUUGACAGCCUGGACCACCCCUCCCAGCCCUACCCCUCCGGACAUCUCUCGGCGGCCAAGUCCAACAGCAGCAUCGACCACCUGGGUGGCCCCAGCCAACGAGACUCGGCAUAUGGCUCGUUUUCCACCAGCUCGAGCACCCCAGACCACACCCUGCCCAAGGCCGAGGCCUCCUCCUCGGAGAACAUCCUCUACAAGGUGGGGCUCUGGGAGGCUUCCCCUCAGAGCCUGGAGGAGAGGCCCUCUACCUUCCCACCCAGGGCUCCUGGGGCCGGCAGCAAAAGCCCCAGGCCCGAGGAUGGUGCUGAGCUCAAGCCGGCCACUUCCGGCCGGUCCAGCUUUGGGCCCGUCUGGCAUAUCCCCGACAAGAAAAAAGCCCCUCCAUCUGCAUCCCCACCUCCUCCUGCCCCUCCCCUGCGCAGUGACAGCUUUGCCGCCACCAAGAGCCACGAGAAAACGCAGGGCCCUCCGUUCUUAGAGGCGGUCACGACGCAGCACUUGCCAGCGCCAGACCGGGUGCAGCCUCAAGGGCCCCGGGCCUCCCUGUCCAGCACCGAUGUGCGGCUGGCGCAGCCUCCCCACGGGGGCCAACACCCACGCCAGUGCAGUGACGAGGGCCCGGGGAGGCCCGUGUCACUGAGGGAGUGGCCACACAUGGCCCCUUCCGCAGGGUGGCAGGAACUGCCCGUGCCACGCUGCCAGGAUGUCGGUCCCCCACAGGCGAGGUGGCCCACCGCUGCCGACCAGAGCUGUUAUUCCUGUGUGGCCACCAGGCAACCCCCAUUCCUUGGGGAAUGGGACGCAGCCCCCAGGGCCCUCGAGCGCCCUCCCUCGCACCCAGCCUCGGGCCCAGGCCUGUGGUGUCCCCCAACUCGUCACGAGGAGGGCGGCUUCUCUCUGGGAUUUCACGAGCUGUGCGGAGCCAGCCACACAGAGCAGGGCACUCAGGAGACACUGGCCAGUGGCUGCAGGGGGACCGAUGUGGAGGGCAGCAGAAUCUCCCGCCAGAGGACACCCAUGUUGCACUCACUGGCACAGGAGGGCAGGGUGGGCAGCGGAGAGAAGCUGCCUCUGUUCGAUGCGCAUGUGGGCCGACCGGCCCGGAGAAGUGACCGCUUCGCUACCACGCUGAGGAACGAGAUCCAGAUGCGCAGGGCCAAGCUGCAGAAGAGCAAGAGCACGGUGACCCUGGCCGCAGCCCACGAAGGUGACGGUGAGGCCAGCAGCUGGCGGCCCCAGACUGGAGCCGCCUCAGAUGGCUCCGUCUCCAGUACCUACAAAGACCACCUGAAGGAGGCCCAGGCGCGAGUCCUGAGGGCCACUUCCUUCAAGCGCCGUGACUUGGACCCCAGCCCGGCGGACCAGUACCCUGGGCCACCAGAGCACAGGACCAGGGAGUACAGCGCUGCCUCGGCAUGCCCUGGGCGGCCGGACUCCGCGGGCCCGGCCAAGCCAGCCUCGUCUGGAGGGGGCCCGCCCCACGCCGUGCCGCGUGUCGGAGGCCGGAAGAGGUUCACAGCGGAGCAGAGACUGAAGUCGUACUCCGAACCGCAGAAGAUGAACGAGGUAGGGCUCUCGGGGGACUGCGGCUCGCACCGGCCCCCCAGGAACCCCGAGGACACGGUGGGCACAUUUGCUGACAGGUGGAAGUUUUUUGAGGAAACGAGCAAACCUGUUCUCCAGCGGCUGGGCCAAAGACAAUCUGUGAGUGGACCCCCGAGAGAGAAGACGGAGAGGCCUCGGACAGCGGGCCACGCGGGAGAAGGGGCAGAGCCCUGGUCCCGGAAGAAGUCUCGCGCCACCUCCUUCGGAGAAAUCCUCACUGGUUACGGGAAAGUGGAGAACCCGGGGAAGUUGGAGCCACCACAGAGACUCGGAACCUUUGCAGAGUACCAAGCCUCUUGGAAGGAACAGAGGAAGCCUUUGGAAGCCAGGAGCUCUGGGCGGUGUCACUCAGCUGACGACAUUCUGGAUGCAGGUCUAGACCAGAACCAGAGGCCGCAGUAUGUUCAUGAACGGUCCCGGUCGUCACCUUCCACGGACCACUACUUGCAGGAGGUGUCUGCUGGACCUCAGAGGCAGGCGGUGGACCCUGGUGGGCACAGCAAACCACCUCCCACUGCGGCCUCUACCCGAGAGACAUGUUCUACUCCGAGACAAGCAGAUGCCCAGUGUCCCGGGGCCAGCCCAGCAGCACAGCAGGACCCGGAGAAGCAGAGUGCACAGCCCCUGUCCUCGCUGUGUGGCACAGCCCCAACUCAGGAAGCCCCUGAGUUGCCCAGGGAGGGCCGGGGCCGAGCAGGGACUCUGCCCCGAGAUUACAGGUACUCAGAGGAGAAUAGGCCCGCAGACUUGGGAAAACGAGGGCAGGGUGCCCCCUCGCCCCUGCUGGUUCAGGGACAGGACUCGUGUCCAGUGAGCGCCGCUGCACCCCUCAAGAGGCCAGCCCCGCAGAGGCCUCCACCGCCCAAGCGAGAGUCCAGGAAGCACAGAGCCCUGAUCUCAGCUCCCGCAGAUGCACACCCGGCCGACCUGCCAGCUGCACCCCUGAAUACUGCUGUGACCUGCCCGGCCCUCUCCCGCAGCCCCUCUGGGUUCAGCAGUGCCCAGCCCCAUGGCACCCUGAAGGCUUCCGCUGCCUGUGACCACCAGCAUGUGAAAGAGGACACCCCUUGUCCUCAACCAGAAGCACAGCCCUCAUCCAAGUUCCAGCCUCCGCAGCUUUCCGCCAUGGAGACGUCUCGCUCCCCGUCACCUCAGUUUGCACCCCAGAAGCUGACGGACAAGCCCCCCCUGCUCAUCCACGAUGAGCAUCCGACAAGAAUUGAGCGGGUGAUGGACAACAACACCACGGUGAAGAUGGUGCCCAUCAAGAUCGUGCACUCAGAGAGCCAGCCCGAGAAGGAGAGUCGCCAGAGCCUGGCACCCCCGGCCGAGCUGCCCGCACUGCCCAGCGGGCUGGAGCGGGACCAGAUCAAGACGCUGAGCACGUCAGAGCAGAGCUACUCCCGCUUCUGUGUGUACACACGGCAGGGCCCUGAGGCUGAGGCCCCACAGCGAUCCCGGCCGCCUGCACCCCAGCCUCCCGAGCCACCCACGGCCCCUGCGCUGGACGCCUGUGCCUCCCCUCCAAGGCUCAGCUAUGCCAAGACCAAAGAGAAGACUGCAGAGGACCUGAAGUCCGAGGAGCUGGCCAGGGAGAUCGUGGGCAAGGAUAAGUCCUUGGCCGACAUCCUGGAUCCCAGUGUGAAAAUCAAGACCACCAUGGACCUGAUGGAGGGGAUCUUCCCCAAAGACGAGCAUCUCCUGGAGGAGGCUCAGCAGCGGAGGAAGCUGCUCCCCAAAAUCCCCUCUCCCAGGACCACAGAGGAGAAGAAAGAGGAGCCAAGUGUGCCGGCCGCCGUGUCUCUGGCCACCAAUUCCACCUACUACAGCACAUCCGCCCCCAAGGCGGAACUGCUAAUCAAGAUGAAGGACCUGCGCCAGCAGCAGGAGUCUGAAGAGGAUUCAGGGAGCGACUUGGACCAUGACCUGUCCCUGAAGAAGCAGGAGCUCAUCGACAGCAUCGGUCGCAAGCUGCAGGUGCUCCGAGAAGCCCGAGAGAGCCUGCUCGAGGACAUCCAGGCCAACAGCGCACUGGGGGACGAGGUGGAGGCCAUCGUGAAAGACGUCUGCAAACCCAAUGAGUUCGACAAGUUCCGGAUGUUCAUCGGAGACUUGGACAAAGUGGUGAAUCUGCUGCUGUCGCUGUCGGGCCGCCUGGCCCGGGUGGAAAACGCCCUCAAUAACUUGGAAGACAGCCCUUCUCCUGGUGACCGGCAGUCGCUGCUGGAGAAGCAGAGAGUCCUCAUCCAGCAGCACGAGGAUGCCAAGGAACUCAAAGAGAACCUGGACCGCCGUGAACGCAUCGUGUUUGACAUCCUGGCCGCGUACCUCAGCGAGGAGAGCCUGGCAGACUACGAGCACUUUGUGAAGAUGAAGUCGGCCCUCAUCAUCGAGCAGCGGGAGCUGGAGGACAAAAUCCACCUGGGAGAAGAGCAGCUGAAGUGCCUGCUCGACAGCCUUCAGCCCGAAAGAGGCAAGUAAGUGCAAGUCAGCCAGGCAGAGGGCAGCCACAGCCUUGGAGCUCCAUCCCCGUGCGUGGGAUCCCUUAAUGAACCUUUAGUUUCCCUUUGGGAUGGAGCAGUUUCCCUCACACAUGACUACACGAGAUGCCAGGCAGUGGCUGGUGUGGUCCCCAUGGACUCACUAUGCCAGGGCUGUGGGACUUACAGACUGUCAUCGUCAGCAGUAGGGCCGCUGUUCCUCCAUCGGAUGCCAAGCCAGCCGUGUGGGAAGACACCAAGAACGUCCUCAGGAUGCAUGAGAGGGACUCCCCGGUACACAUCUUUCCUUGGGAUCCAUCUGGGCAUGGGCUGCUGGGUUUUGUCCUUGCCACACCCUCAGCAUGAGUGUCCGUCAUCUCUACCCUAUAAUCAUGUUCCCUGACCCAGCAAAGUCAUGAUGACAAUGAUCAUUGAUUAACCUGUAGGAGAGGCGAAUGGUUUCCUAGUAGUUGAAAACCAGCCAGAGAACGGACAGCCUAUAUGUUGGGUGCACUCGCUCUAAGAUUAAAAGUGCCACUAAAUAAGUGAUGUGCAUGCUUUAGAACACACGUACGAUGGACAGAGCACUGUGGUCCUUCUCGCCUGGCAUCAGAGGUUAAACGAUGUUACUGGGCCAAGUAAGUGUACUUUGUUACGUGUGUGGCAGUACUUACGUGCUUGUUAGCUAUUUAUUUCCUGAGACCGAUGGAAUAUUUUUCUAGUUUCUUUUCCCCCAGAACAUUAAUCUUACGCACAUUCACUCAUUCGUGAUCAUUAGAUUUUCUGUCUGUUUUGCCACCAAGUUUGUCCCCAAAUGUCCAGGACCACAUUCCCUGUACUGUAAGAGCUUUCCUCUGCCUUUUUAGGGGCCUGGUGGACUCUCUUAGUGCUUAAACUUGACCUUUUCCUUCUCUAGAGUUUAAAGAUUCUGUGCCUCUUUGGGUGGGGGUUGAAAUGGCAGGACUCUAAAGAGAGACUAACUCAUUAAAUAACACCAUCAUGCUGCGGUUUCCAUUGGCGAUUGGACACUGACCAGAAGUGUUUGCAUAUUGCAUGUCUGACAACGGAUUUGAACCCAGGAUGUAUGAAGACCUCUGAAAACCCACCGU